AUGGCGGGGAGUCAAUCCCGAGAUAUUUCAGUGCAGGGAACCAACGACGACGCCCAGAUAUCAAAGCUGUCUUGCGCAAAUCUAGGAUACUUCAAGGAUGACUUCAUCAAAUAUUUCGUAAGACGUUCGUCGAAGAGGUCUCCACUGAUCAAUCGAGGAUACUUCGCUCGACUUUUGGCUUUGAGGCAGCUCCUUCAACAAUUUUUUGAUGUGAUCAGCCAAUCCACUGCACCGCAUGAGCAACAGAGUGUGGCACAAGUCCUCUCUCUUGGCGCUGGAUUCGACACUACCUUUUUCAACGUCGAGGUUGACUUCAAGGAAGUCACACAGAAGAAGGCGGCCAUCAUUGCUGGAAAUGCAGCUUUGCAUGAGCAGCUAGGGCCAGAUGCAAAGGAGAAGAUACAUCCAGGUACAAUUCAGACAGAUGCGCUCAGCGUGUUGCCAGCUGACCUCCGGGAUGUCAAAGGGGUGGAGGCCGCCCUGCUUGCGGCCGGCUUCAACCCACAGCUGCCCACAUAUGUGCUGGCAGAGUGUGUGCUGGUGUACAUGGAGGCAGAGGAGAGCUCAGCAGUGGUACGAUGGCUGGGCAGCUUCCUCAGCACAGCUGCAUGCGUGGUGUACGAACAGAUCAAGCCAGGCGAUGCAUUUGGGAGGCAGAUGCUGAUGAAUCUAGAGUCCCGAGGAUGUCCAUUGAGGGGACUUCAAGCAACGCCAGAUCUGAAAGCUCAUCAGGACCGCUUCCUUAACAAUGGCUGGCAGCGCGCGGAUGCCAAGGACAUGACCACCAUAUAUCGUGCUUACCUUGAUCCUGCUGAGAAGCGCAGGGCAGAGCGACUUGAAAUCUUCGAUGAGUUUGAGGAAUGGCACAUGAUACAGGACCACUACUGCAUUGUCCUCGCUUUGAAUGAUGCUUCCGGAGUCUUGCAAGACUUUGGCUUCAAGCAGAAGGCGCCUCCGGCAGGCCGUGUGCCCUUCCCCAGAGCUGACUGAUCAGAUGUUUGGACUCAUGAGAUGUUUGGACAUGCUUGGUAAAAUGUAUUGCAGGUGUCUUCCAAUCACCGAAGUUUACUUGCCCUUGUUCUCAACAUUUCUACAAGAUGUGUGACACUUGCCGAGAGUGGUUCUGCAUUAUGAUGCUGUUAUGAUAAGGCUUGGUGAGGUACAGAUCAUCGUUGUCACCCAAUGAAUUCUGUUCAAUGGUAGGGAGUUGCAAUGAUUUUUACAAGUUGCUACGGACCAGCUUAUAAGAUCACUUGUAAUUUCUUUGUGCGGCGC